UUUAGCCAAAUGAAGCCACAUUUGACAACCUAAAGCUCUGCUAAAAACAAGUACACGUUGUUAUCGGAAAACCAUUUAAAAAACUAAUUAAAAUGAAGUACAAUAAGAUAAUCUUCCAACUGAUCGCCUGCUUUGCGACUUUUGAGCUGGUGUUUGGUUACCCGCAAGAGCAAAUUUCUUCAGCAGAACAAAUCCAAAGAUUAAGUGCAGCAACUGAAGGAGAAAAUCAAGAUGCCCUGGAAACCCUGUACAGCUAUGAAAGAACUUUGAGCAGAUUGCGAAGAGCUCUGGAGGAGCUGGCUUAUGAGGAGGCAGCUGAUGCCAUGGAACUGGCCGAGAUUAAUGUAUUCCGACCUCUUUUCCGUUACCGAUCUCAGUCUGUAAAGGUGAAGAAUCCCCAGCAGCAGCAGUUUGGUUAACCGGGUUAAUAUACUGAAAAGUUUAUAUUUAAGUUAUUUAACCUCGCCACAUUUCAAAAAACCUGCUCAUAAACCAUUGAUAUUUUUUAUACAAACCUAGCCUGUUAAGAAAUAAAACACAACUUAUUUAUAUUGUUAAACAUUUAAA